GGUCUUGGUGUUCAUCCCGCUUUCUCUUUCCUGGAUUGCCUUUGAGGUACCAUCAUGUCAGACACUGAGGAAAUUGUGGAGGAGAAUGAGCAGGAGGAGGAAGAGGAAGAGGAGGUGAAUGAGGAAGAAGACAUUGAAGAGGAAGAGGAGCAAAGGGACGAUGAAGCAGAGAAGAUAGAAGAACAUGUAGAGGAGAAUGAGCACGAAGAAGAGUCCAAACCGCGACCUAAGACAACUUAUGUGCCAAAUAUUGCUCCUCCAAAGCUCCCUGAUGGCGAGAAGGUGGAUUUUGAUGAUCUCCACCGCAAGAGAGUAGAAAAGGAUUUCAACGACCUCCAGACGCUGAUCGAGCUGCACUUCUCCAACCGCCAGAAGGAGGAAGAGGAGCUCGUAGCGCUGCGAAACCGCAUUGAGCGCCGCCGCUCUGACAGGGCUGAACAGCAGCGUGUUCGUGCGGAGCAGGAGCGUGAGCGCCAGGCCCGGCUGGCCGAGGAGAGGGCGAGGCGCGAGGAGGAGGCGGCCAAACUGCGCGCUGAGGAGGAAGCCAAGAAGAAGAUGAUAUUCACCAACAAGUCAUUUGGUGGCUACCUGCAGAAGGUGGACCAGAAGAAGGGAAAGAAGCUGACAGCGCGAGAGGAGAAGAAGAAGGCCUUGAUGGACCGCAGGAAGCCGCUCAACAUCGACCACCUGAACCAGGAGAAGCUGGCAGAGAAGGCGCAGGACCUCUGGCAGUGGCUCCACCAGCUGCACGCCGAGAAGUUUGAGCUGGCCGAAAAGCUCAAGAGGCAGAAGUACGACAUCUAUGUGCUCCGAAACCGAGUCAGCGACCACCAGAGGGGCUCCAAAGCAUCCAAGACCUCCCGUGGCACCAAGGGCAAGUCUGGCUCCUGGAAGUGAGGGUCGGAGUCCACGGAAACUGGACUGCCUUGUUGUUUUUCAGACUUUUUGGCUCCUAUAUAUCGUAAAAGCUAUCCCAGGGACUGGGUGUAGAUUGAGAGGGACUGGGUGUAGAUUGAGGGGGACCUUCUUUUUCAGUGAAUGAAAUGGAGCUAUAACAUCUGUGAUUGUUCCAAUGAGAUAAAAUAAUUAACUUCAUUUACCGGUUCAUUUGUUCACAAGCUGUGGUUGAAGAGUUUGUUAGAUUUGAAGGUGCGGUGGUGUUAUUUUACUGCUCCACCACAGUUUGUUUUAUUUUACUCUUACAUUCUAACAGUAUUUUCACCAGUGUAGUCGUUCGUGAUUAGUUCCAUGUGCUCACGUUUUUUCCUUAAGCUGUUCUGAGAUAUGUGAUGAAAGAUUUAAACGUCUUUGAAUAAGAUGCCAAAACUGCAUUUAUUUCCAAUAAAUCAAGACACA